AUGAAACUCACUGCAGAUAUCGUAGCUGCUGGCUCAACUGCAAAGAGAAAUAAAAACGAGUUAAUAUGCACUUAUCUUUCUCGUAUUUCUCAUGUAUCUGUUGUUGGUCGAGGUAUUGUUGAUAUGAGUGGAAUAUCGGUUUCUAGCAACAACCUCACCGUUUUAUUUCUUUACGAUAACAAAAUUCAAGUCAUUCAAGGGUUAGAAAAUUGUCACAAUCUGACUAGGCUUUAUCUUCAAAACAACAAUAUUUCAUCAAUCUCUGGUCUUGAAACCGGCCUUUAUAAGCUCUCAGUCUUGAAUAUCAGUGGAAACAAAAUCAAAAUCAUCAGCGGGCUGCAUAACCUGCCUAAUCUACAGACCCUAUAUGUUGAUAAGCAGAUCUUGAACAAAGAUGAAGCUGUCGAGUUUGAUUUGGACACACUUGCUGGUUUAUCCGAGCUGGAAAUACUGGUAGAACGUUGCAAGUCGUUGAGCUCGUUGCAGAUUGCCAAUAAUCUAAUUCGCGAUAGAUAUUUACGACAAAAACUGAUCCUUGCAAAUUCAAUGCUAAGAUCAAUUGAUGGCAAGGAUGUUACACAAACCGAACACGAGUUUUUAUGUCGCAUGGAAGCACAAAGAUUCACCAGAUCAAAGCUAUCAACUCAGCCCAAACAAACACUACAUGAACAGUUAGAAGAACCGCAAUCACAUCCAAUUCCACAUUUACCACCCUAUGCAUCUCAAUACAGGUGA